UUCUUCCCGACGGUGACGGCCAUUGACCCAAAAGAAACAAAGUCUCGUUCUUUCAUGUAGAUAUUCCAAAACUUCUAAUAUCUUUCGAAAUUUGUGCUUGCAAGCACUGUUAUUCUAAAUUUUUCAACCUCAAAAUGUUUGUCUUUGCCCUUCUAAUUUCUCUGUUUCUUGCACCAUUGUCGGCUUGGGCUGAAGCAACGACGCUAACUCAAGGAGGAUACAUAGCCGUUGAGGACGAGAAUCAGUUCCUUACUUCCCCAGAUGGAACUUUUUCUUCUGGGUUUUACAGAGUGGGCAAGAAUUCCUUUUGCUAUUCGAUAUGGUUCACAAAAAGUGUUGAUAAAACCGUCGUUUGGAUGGCAAACAGAGACAACCCAGUUAAUGGAAAGCAAUCCAAAAUGAGCCUCAACGCCAACGGAAAAUUGGUACUGACCGAUGCCGAUGGUUCUGUCACAUGGUCUACAAAUACCAUCACUAAAGAACAAGUUGAACUUAAGCUUCUUGACAAUGGAAAUCUUGUACUGGUGAAUCAAAUUGGAGGUUUUCUUUGGCAGAGCUUCGACUUCCCAACAGAUACUCUUCUUCCACAGCAACAAUUUCGCAAGAAUUCGACUUUAGUCUCGAUUAAAACUCCAGGUACUUACUCAUCCGGCUUUUAUUUCUUGAAGUUCAACGACGACAAUGUUCUAAAUCUCAUUUACAAUAGCCCUUCGCUCUCUAGUAUCUACUGGCCUGAUCCUGGUAAGAAUGUGUUUGAGAAUGGUCGAACUCGCUAUAACAGUUCUAGAGUAGCAAUUUUGAAUGAUAUGGGUAGAUUUGAAUCCACUGACAACUUGAAUUUCAAUGCUACUGAUUAUGGGGUUGGUCCAAAGAGGAGAUUAACCAUGGAUUUUGAUGGAGUUUUGAGAUUGUACAGCCUUGUAGAAUCAACUGGCAAUUGGGAAAUCACUUGGCUUCCAAGUGGUCAGCUAGAUGCUUGUUUGGUCCAUGGGUUGUGUGGAGAAUUUGGAAUUUGUUCAUAUAAUCCAUUGCCUACUUGUAUUUGUCCUCCUGGUUUCAUUAGAAACCAUCCAUCAGAUUGGAGUAAAGGCUGCAAACCUUCUUUUAAUUUGAGUUGUGAUUCCCAGAAUUUGGAUUUCAUUCAUCUUCCUCGUACGGAUUAUUAUGGCUAUGAUUUAGUGGGUUACGCCAGACAAGUCUCUGUUGAAACAUGCCGGAAUUCUUGUCUCAAUAAUUGUCAAUGUUUGGGGUUUGGAUAUUCAAUGGAUGGCGUUGGACAAUGCUUUCCUAAAGGAGCUCUUCGUAAUGGGAAUCGAAAACCCGAUAACAUUAUUCUAAUGCAUAUCAAAACACCAAAAGGCAGAACAAAUACAGAAUUGAAGGAAGAAAAAUCAAACAAUUUGGAAUGCGAUGCUUCAGAAAUUGUUCAAAAUACAGAAGUAUUCCCAGAAAACAAAAAUAAGUUUCGGUAUAUGGGAUUGUUGAUUGGGUUUGUGGUCGUUAUUGGGAUCAUUGAGUUGAUUUUCUUCGGUUUUGGGUGGUUGAAUGUCUUUCGAAAGCGAGUUAAUGAAGAGUUUGUUAAUAUGGGUUACAUUGUUUUAGCCAUGGGAUUCAAAAGAUUCACAUAUGCAGAAAUGAAGAGAGCGACAAGAAACUUCAAACAAGUGAUAGGAAAAGGAGGAUUUGGAACAGUUUACAAAGGAGAAUUGGACGAUGGAAGGAUUGUGGCAGUGAAGAGAUUGGAAGGCAUUUUACAAGGAGAUGCAGAGUUUUGGGCAGAAGUCAGCAUAAUUGGAAAGAUAAACCACAAGAAUUUGGUGAAAUUAUGGGGUUUUUGUGCUGAGAAAAAGCACAAGAUAUUAGUUUACGAGUUCGUGAAAAACGGGUCUUUGGAUAAACUUCUAUUCUCCAGUUCAUCGGAACCAUUGGGAUUAGAACAAAGAUACGAGAUUGCAGUUGGAACAGCAAAGGGGUUGUCUUAUUUACACGAAGAAUGUCUCGAAUGGAUUCUUCACUGCGAUGUAAAACCUCAAAACAUACUUCUUGAUGAUGAUUUAGAACCGAAAGUGGCAGAUUUUGGAAUGUCGAAGCUAUUUCACGAGAUGAAUGAAUCUGGAUUCUCAAAAGUGAGAGGGACAAGAGGUUAUUUGGCACCAGAAUGGAUGAUGGAUCAAAAAAUUGAUGCAAAGGCAGAUGUUUAUAGCUAUGGGAUUGUUCUGUUGGAACUUGUGAGUGGAAAAACUGCAUCUAAUUUUCAAUCUUCUUCAAUUUGUAAAGAUAGUAGAUACAGUAAUAUGGUGAGUUGGGUGAUUGAUAGUGUAGAAAAAGGAAAGAUGGAGAAUGUGAUUGAUCCUAGAUUGCCAGAGAUUCAGGAUAUUAGCAAGAUUGAUAUGAUGGUGAGGGUGGGUUUAUUAUGUGUGAAGGAAGAUCGAAAUUUGAGGCCUGCAAUGAGUAGAGUUGUGGAACUUCUCACAUCCUUUCGAGGAAUAAGCCCAUUUGGGAAUAAUUUUGAUGAUACCAUUUGAUGAUGCUAAGAAAAUUUGUAACUAUGAGAUAAAUGUUUACUAAUUUUUGGGGUUAAUCGGAUGAGUAGGGUACUUUUGGAAAAAUAUUCAGAAAAAGGGUUUGUUUUGAACAAAUUUAGAAAAAGAGGGUUGAAAUUUUGUCAAACUUGAGAAACACGUUCCACAUUUUCCUAUUAUUAUUUUAAUAUUUUUCUUUGUUUGAA